AACGAGUUCUUUUUCGUUUAGGUGUAUUGCUUUGUUUGGAUUGUCGUACAGUAAUGUUGAAAAAUGCAACAGGGAAAGGGAAUGAAAUUGUUUAGAUUGGUAGUUUAAUUGUAAAUUUAAAUGGAUUUGCUUUUCGGUUUUUAGCAGACCCUUGACGGUGUUAAACAACACUUUAGCCAUAUCCACACACGGAAAACUUGUUUUUCGUUUACUGUGCUGUGCUCGUCGUUGCACCGCCAAUAACAUGGAUUCAAUGGCGAUACAGAAGCAUGAGCUUCCUCCGACCAACCAGAAACGCAUGGUGGCUUUCAUAAACCAUUUUGUUGUUAGUACUGCCACAUUUCUCAAUCAAUUUGCUUCUGAUUGUGAGAAUCGUUUGAUUCUCAUUGACCACAAAUUGCAAAACAUGGAAGCUUCCUUAAUGAUCUUGGAGGCGAAAUUGGCAUCCAUCGAUGUUCUACAGAAUGCUAGCAAUAACGUUACCACAGCGCAUUUAGAGCCCAUUGCUUCCGAUCCUUCAUCCUCCGACACUGUCCUAGCCACAGAGGAAACAAAACCAGCGACCAAUGCAAAGGCAGAUCCACAAUAUGAUCACUACUUUAAAAUGCUUCACCUCGGCGUACCCUUGGGUGCAGUGAAGAACAAAAUAACCGCGGAAGGUUUAAACCCAAAUUAUAUUGACCAGUUUUUAUAAUAAACGUUUUUCUACCGGUUAAUCUGUUUACGAUUUCGGCAACUG